UCUUGAGAGCGAUUACUUGGAGGAGAGUUUUCAGUCGGGCGCUUCGCGAGCCUCUUGAGCGUUCUGGAACCCCGGUGCACCGGGACGUUCUAGAACUCCGCCAGUUUCGGACGUUCUGUCGCAGAAGCCUCGCGGAGAAGGAGGGGCGCUCAGCCUCCCUGUGACACUUGACGCGCCCGGGAGGGGAGGGGGGGUCCGCCUGCCCGCUCUUGCCUCUUUGCACUUUAUUCCUCCCUCUCUCGUUCUUAAGAAUUUGCACCACCUCCCCCACCCCCUCAAGAAUUGCUUUUUCAAACUCUUCCCAACUUUGGAGGAAAAGCUAGCGGACAGCGAUCGCGCUUUAUUCUGGUUUGCGUGCCCCGCGCGGCUCCCCAGCGCUACACGGCACCAUGAUGGUCGCAGACUCCGAGAGUUGCGACGCCCCCGGAGUCCAGGGCUAUUUACCCUGCAAGAGCCUCGGAACUUUGAGGAGUAAAGAGGUAAGGCAAACGAGGGAGACGCGUGCCUCUCUCUCUUUCCCUCUUGGGGGUAUUUUGGGGGGAGGGUUACCACUUGCCUUUCAGCUGUAACCCUGGCUAACUUUGUGCGGCGUCGGUGUUUGUUUAUUUCCCCUCCCCGCGCGCCGGUUCUUUGCCAUUUUAGGGGGAUUGGGAGGGGGGAGCGAGGAGGAGGGGGGCGCUCCAGUUGCUGCUGCAGAGUUGCGUAAAAGGUGGUUGUUAUGAUGAUCCUCCGAGCAGGAUACAUUAGAACCUAGUUGCAUCAGCCGUAGAGACACAAACAAGCACACGGAGGCUUGGGGUCUUGAAAAACACACACUCUCAAAUCUGGGGUGAGAGCGUGGCUGCUGUACUGUACCGGAGGCCACUUAAGUGAGAUUAAUGAUCAAACGGGCUGGGAGAGUGAGCCGUCGGCGCAAGCGGGGAUGUGCCUUCCCUCCUUCUGAAAACUGCAAAAUGGUAAGCGGUUGCGAACCUUUUACUUUGGUGUCUUGGUCCGUUAGGACGGCCUCCUCGCCCCCCAAUCAUUCGGCCCCCUAAAUGGCUAAAUAGACCUUACCCGCAGUCCUGGCUACCCUCAGAAAUACCGGUAAGCCCUAUUGAAUUCACCGGUCCUGACUCCCAGGUAACUUACCGGUGUGCACUAGAGCGCCCACUCUUCUCCUGACUGGGACUUUUGGAGCAAAUAAAUGCCGCUGUGUUGUUUUUUUUAAGUUCCAUGUGUAAACAGGGGUUAGGAUUGCCGCAGCCUUGCUUUGGGUUAUCGGCUUGUGUGGGUCAAGGGCUCCCUCUUGCAUGAUGUUCAUUAGAGGGAGGCGAUAAGUUCCCGUUUUGACUUGUUUCUUCUAGUGGUCAAGCACACAUGUACAGGCAUGCCCCACACUGUGUGCCCCACACUGCCGAGGGCGGAAGGGGGCCAGCUUGACUGCAGGAUUUCUGCAUAGAUAACUUCUAUCUCCAGGAUUAGCUAAGCAAACACUGAUAACUUUUUCAAGAAGAAAGGUUGUAUCCUUGCCGCUUUUGCAACCCAUAGAUUGACCCACUACAGAAAAUGUGACUUAUCGCACUUUAGUCACCCCCCCCAAAAAAGGGUCCCCUGGACACCCACCAAUUAUACCCAGCUCAGCACUGCAAUGGGGUGGAAAAUCAUACUGCAUCCUUUCUUCAGAUUGUUUUAGCUGCCCGAGAGUUUUUAAAUUGCUAUAAGAUUUUUUAAUUGCUAUAAGGUUUUUAAAUUAUGGAUUUCCUGGCCCCACUGCUUUAGUGUAUAGUUAUGGGUCAGUUUGGAUCUCAAAAUAUUUGUCACUGUGUAUUGAUACCACAUGGCAGUAGUGGUGGUUUACAAAGGGUUAAUCCGGUGUAUAAUUUUAAUGGAGUGGUGAAUACCUCCUGUUUGGCUUUGCUGCAUUUCUCCCUCUCCUCACCACCCCCAGCCUUCCCAUCAGGAUUGUGAAGUUUCUUUGGACACCAUAAAGCCCAAAUUGACAGGCCAUAUUUUGAGUUUUGCAAGCACUGAAGACAGAGCCAAUAUUGGCUUUGCCUGUUGGCCCACAGGGAUGGAGCAAAGGGCUCUUUAAAUCUCUCUUCCCUGCAGUGAAGAGCAACAGAGGCUUGGGCUGAAGCCCCUCCCUGGAUCAUGCAGUUCAAGACACAAGCCAAGGGUCUUCGCUUCCAUUUGCACACAAGCACUCCUUGCAUGGGCACUCGUUGGCUCUUGCUCCUCAGUUGUUUCUCCUCACUCAUUUUUGUCUUAAGUGCGAGGGUGGACAACAGCCACUGUUAGAUUCGGAGCAGGAAGUGUGAAUAGCUUUAAAAAUCCCUUGGUUUUCAUUUGUUUGUUGAUUUUAUUUCUGUUUUACCAGUGUCUUUCCAUAGAGCAGGCAUGGAGAACUACUGGCCCAUGGACCAGAGGUGGCCCCUGCCUACCCCUUCUGGCCCACAGCACCCCUCCCUAUGCUCUGUAUGGCAUAGAGCUUUUGAGGCUUACAACAAAGCAAACAGUUCUUUUCUACACUAGUCAAAACAGCUAAAAUUAUACAAAGUAAACAAAGAAACUGAAAACAGUCUCUUAAUUCAUUUUUUCCAUCACUUGAUCAGUCACUUAGUUAAAAAAACAAACACUCAGACCAGGCUCUGAAAUGCCUGUUGAAAUGUUUACCAAAAGGUUCACUAUGAUUUAAUAAGUAAGAAUUAAACUGACUUGACACAAAUGCCUCUGAGAAAGGAAUUUCAUGACACUGGUGUCACCACUGGGAAGGCCCUGUUUUCAUUCCAGCUUGGAGAGAUGCCUCUUCUAAUUUUGUCUGUAGCGAAGUAAAUACAGAAAUAGGCUUCCCACCAAGCCUUUUGAAUUGGUUGUGUGCCUGUGCUGUCUAUGUAAUGCACGUAAUAUUUAAUAGAUGGAUUCAUGAUUUUUAAUAUGUAUGUUAAGUUGUUGUGUCAUGCCUCAAGAUCAGCUGGGAUGAGCUGUAGAAUAUCUUCCUAGAUACAUAAAAAUGCAAGGCUGUUGUCAUACUGAAUUUCACAUGGCCACCAGUAGGUGGCCACACCAAUUCCAUCAUGAUUUCAGAGUGGAAGACAGGUGAAUUAGAAAGCAACGUGAGUGGCAGGUGGCCCAAGCAAGUUGCUUAAUGGAGGUUUUCUGAAGUGCCUCCCCUCUCCUUUACAAGGGGGUGGGGCAGCUGCUGUGAGUUGGGGCUUGGGGAGCAAUGAGGGGAGGGGCUUGGUGUGAGCUGUGAGGGGAGGAGAGAUUUGAGUGAGCUGUGAAGGGAUAGGAAAGGGGAUGGAUGAAGGGAGGAGGGGCUGGCCAGUUACGGGCGGGGGGGGGAGAGGAGGUGGCAAAGGGGUUGGCGAGCAGAAUGAGUGGGGUUGACAGCCCCUAGUAAAUAAUAUAAAUAGAGUAGAUGCUAUGGAAGGUAUAGUGGACCCAGACUUGCUAAGGUUUUAAAUGUGGAACUACACUGUGAAUUGGGAGCAUCUGCAAUUAUUUAUGCACCGCUUUAGUGAUGGUCCUCUUUAAUUUCCCUGUGUGCCUGUGCAUGUAUUGAACUGCACAAGGAAAGGGAUUGUUGAUGGUAGUUUAAUAUAGUACCAUCAGGGUGCAUGCCACUUUUACAUCUUGAAAAGAGGCCAGGUCACUGCCCCAAGGAGUUAGUAAUCUAAAAUCUGACACAGAUUGAACAUUAGAGGAAACAGAGGCAGGGAUAAACAGGGAAACGAUGUGUGUUAUAUCUGUUGCACAUGGGAAAGGUCUGUAGCUUAGUGACAGAAUAUCUGAUUUGCAUUCAAAAGAUUCCAGGUUCAAUCCCCAACAUCUCCAAGAAGUACUGGGAGAGAUUCCUGCCUGAAACUCUGGAGGGUUGCUGCCAGUUGGUGUAGGCAGUACUGAGCAAGAUGGACUCAAUAUUCUGACUCAGCAUAAGGCAGCUUGCUACUGUCCCAGCUUAGGUGUACUAGUGACAGACUGAGUUAUAGUAGGACUUUAGGGAGGUGUUUGAAAGAAGAGUAGUGGCAGUGCAGAGUUGUUCUAUUCUAUGCAGAAGGUGGCGGGUGGCGCUGUGGUCUAAACCACUGAGCCGAGGGCGGUUGGCAGUUCGAAUCCCCACUAUGGGUGAGCUCCCGUUGUUCGGUCCCAGCUCCUGCCAACCUAGCAGUUUGAAAGCACUUAAAAGUGCAAGCAGAUAAAUAGGUACCGCUCUGGCGGGAAGGUAAACGGCGUUUCCAUGUGCUGCUCUGGUUUCGCCAGAAGCGACUUAGUCAUGCUGGCCACAUGACCCGGAAAAAACUGUCUGCGGACAAACGCCUGCUCCCUCGGCCAGUAAAGCGAGAUGAGCACACAACUCCAGAGUCGUCCGCAACUGGACCUAACAGUCAGGGGUCCCUUUAUGCAGAAGGGGCAGCAUGGUAGCAAGGGUGGAGUCUUGAGGAAACCGAAGACCUUCACACAACGGAGGGCAGUGGAUUUGGAGGAAUACAGAUGAGAUGCCUUUUGUUAAUUACAGGAGUCUUUUUAUUCCUUUUGGUAUGGCUGCAUCAUUUUCCUGUCUGUUUAAGUGGGCAUUUAUUUUUCAGGUUUGAGAAUUAGCAAUAGUGGGCACUUACUGAACUAUAUCCCACUUUUUAGCAUUAUUUUUAAACUGAUGUGCCAAUGUGGAGAGCUGAACUUAAGAUUGGAAAACUUUAGAAACUGAGAGAAACCAAAACGGACAGAUGUAAUUCAUUGUAACUAAGGAAGACAGUUGGCAAAAAAACUUAUUUGAGGAGAAAACAGUUCUCUUGGAAAAGAGAGAAGGGGAGAAAUCCAACCCUCCAGAUACCUUCCCCGACAUAAAGGCAAACUGUUCUUCAGCUUCUUGAAUCAGGAAUUGCAGUCCAGAUGUGGUGGACUCACAGUUCCCAUCAGCCCCAGUCAGAGAGGGCGGAGGUCAGGGUGAUGGGAAUUGUAGUCUUAAGCGCCUCAGCUUCCACACCUUUGGUUUCGAACUCUUUGCAUCAACAGAAUUGGGUGAGGUACUUCACAUUCUUAAUUUAAAAUUUGUACUCUGAUUGUAGUGGCAGUAUUCCUCUUGCAAGGCGUUUGAGGAGGGGAAUCUUAAAAUGCUACCGACUUGUGGUUAAGGUUCACCAUGGCCUGUAAGCAGAAAACAAAUUUUGGGCCUAGGUUUGGACAACACUUUGGUUUAGCUGCCACACUAACCUUUCAUUGUUUUAUUCCUUUUUGUAUAUAGCUUUGAGGGUUAUUUAACAAUAAAGCAGUUUAUAAAUUUUUGAAAUAAAAUAAAUAAAUAUACUAGAAAAACACCAGGGAGCAGCAGAACAACUGCCAUAUUCUCCUUGGAAAUUAGCAUGUUCAUGCUAAACAAGGGUUUGGCUUAGCAUUUCACCCAAACAUGGACAUCAAUAGACUUGCCCUCUAUGAAUUUGCCUAAUCCUCUUUUAAAACCAUUCAAGUUGGCGCUCAUUGCUACAUCCAUAGUUUAACUACUGUAUGCACUUGGGUUCAUACUGUUUUCUUGUAGCUGAGUUCCACUAUGUUUGGUGGUGGUUACACCCAGGUACCCAUGCACAGAACUGCAUUGGUAGUCAGAAAGAUUAUCUGCUUGAGGCUGUUCAAUCUCAGCCAGUGAUUUUGCAAUCCAAGAGCUGCUGCUUCUAAGGAUCGUGUUGCCUGUUACAGAUUUAUUGCAGCCUUGCAAACGAGUUCACAAAAGUUAAUCGCUCAUAAAUGUUUAUUAGCCUGUUUUUGGCCUGCAAAUACCUGUGUUAGUCAUUUAUGAAAUAUCAUUGACCUUAAAAAGAGGAGGGGGCGGGCAGAGGCGGAAUCCUUUCCACUUGCAAAAGCUGAUUGGUUUGGUUGCCUAAAAGUUAUUCUGAGGCUUCAGGGCAGUUAAUUCAGUUUUCAUGACUUUUCCCUAACUGUUCGGUUCAACAUUAUAUUUGAGCUUUGACGUGACGUAAAAGCCACUUCUGGAACUGUAGUGAAAUAUAGUUCAAAUGUAGUGCUGACUUCCGUGUUGUUUGCUUCCGGAAAAAAAUCUGUCUGCAAAUAAUAUGGAAAUGAAUGCUAUGUUCCACCGCAUUCCUCCAUAGUUCUGGAAGUGGCUUUUGCCUCGUGUGAAAGCUCAGAUACAGCGUAGAACUGAACAGUUGGGGAAAUGUGAAUAUGGAAUACAUGAGGUAAUUGGGGAAGUAUUUACAGACCUGAUUUCAGGCACAUUCAAAUGUGGGGGUUAUUGCAUUACUUUUCCUUACAAUAUUACCACUUCUAUCCCAGAUUCUAAUGUACCUUUUACAAUCUAUUACCUGUUGCAUUAUGGAACUGUGGCUUUUUGAACAAUAUACUGUAUUUUUCUGUGUAUAAGAAAAGGUUUCCCCCCUAAAAAAUAAUGUCAAAAGUUAGGGGGCAUCUUAUAUACGGAUACAUCUCCCCCCAUUUUCUUAAAUCUGAGUCCCCCCAAAUAGGGGGUGUCUUAUGCAUGGGGCAGUCUUCUAGAAGGAAAAAUACGGUACUUCUAUGCUGUGCUAAAUUUUAAAUGGUGGGAAAGAGCUGUAUGGUUUUCUGGGUUAGUGGGGCUACAAACAGAUUUUUUUCUGGAAGCAAAUAGCACUGAAAUGAGUGCUACGUUUCCACUGGAUACCACAAGUGGCUUGUGUGAAAUCUCACAUAACACAUGGAAAUUAUCUGAUUAAGAAUCAUAGAAUUGUAGAGUUGGAAGGGACACCAAGGGUAAUCUGGUCCCAUCCCCUGCAAUGCAGGAAUCUCAACUAGAGCAUCCAUGACAGAUGGUCAUCCAACCUCGGCUUAAAAACCUCCAUUGAAGGAGAAUCCACCACCUCCCAGGGGAGUCUGUUCCACUGUCUUAACAGCUCUUACUGUCAGAAAGGUCGUCUUGAUGUUUAGUCAGAAUCUACUUUCUUGUAACUUGAAUCCAUUGGUAUGGGUCCUACCCUCCAGAGCAGGAGGAAACAAGCUUGCUCCAUCAUCCAUGUGACAGCCCUUCAGAUAUUUGAAGAUGGCUAUCAUAUCUCCUCUCAGUCUCCUCUUAGCCAGCUUAAACAUAUCCAGCUCCCUCAACCGUUCCUCAUAAGGCUUGGUUUCCAGAAGAACGUUGGGAGAACAAAAUAAAAACCUGUCUGAAUGCAGCCUUUGAAUUAUACGUAGGGAUGGAGGAGAAAUCUGAUGGUUCAAAUUUAGAGGUGAGCAUACCUGAUUCACACUUUCUGAAACAACAAUAGAAGAAGACAACCAUCCUUUGACAUUUGCACCUCUCUGAAUUUUGCAAUGCAGUGUUCAGUAGCCAAUUUAUGUAUCUAAAAAUGUGUAUGCUACAAUAAAUUGUGUGUGUGUAUGUUAGUGCAAAGAAUAUACAAAAAUGCAUUGUAUUUGCAGAAAUUGCUAUGCAAAUGUACACACUAAGAUGCUGAUGAAUUUUCACGGGGACCCUCUUUAAAAAUAAUAAUCACAUACUGAUUUGGAAAUGUGGAGAACAGAGUUUAAUCAUGGAAAAUCAUGGAAAAUGGGUAACUGAGAGAAACCUAAAUUGACAUAUUUGCUCACCCCUACUUAUACAUUACAAGGUAAACACAUUUUUACUGCUUGUAUACUAAUGUGCUGCAGAGAAGAGAAGAGAGGACUUAAAAUAUGCACUUGAAAAAGUUCUUUAAGGCCCAGCACAUUUCAGGUUGGGAGACCUCUGAGCUGGUUUCUGCAAAGGAGGGAUAAGGCAGUUUUGUGCUCUAUCUAUUAAUGUAGAGAAUUAUCACAAAGUCUGCAAGAAGAAGAGGAGUUUGGAUUUGAUAUCCCGCCUUUCACUCCCCUUCAGGAGUCUCAAAGCGGCUAACAUUCUCCUUUCCCUUCCUCCCCCACAACAAACACUCUGUGAGGUGAGUGGGGCUGAGAGACUUCAAAGAAGUGUGACUAGCCCAAGGUCACCCAGCAGCUGCAUGUGGAGGAGCAGAGAUGCGAACCCGGUUCACCAGAUUACGAGACUACCGCUCUUAACCACCACACCACAAGAUUGCAUUAAACCCAGCACUUUCAGAAACUGAUUCAGUGGUCCCCCAAAGAACAGUCCCCUAAUUCAAAACAGACAGGCUUCAAUGAACUGCUUCAAAUGCACCUUCGAGAUUUCCUAUUUUGCUUCAUUCCUGUAUUGGUAUCAUCCCUUUGUAUGCCGCAAAAAGCCACAAUUGGUCCCUAGUCUUCGUAUCCUAACAGGUGAAGUUACACUAAGGGGAUGUUCUACGUCUUCGAAGUACAAAUCCAGAACCUACAUAAAAACUAUCAAGGUCAAAGUAGCUCUUUUGGUCCAUAGCAGCAAUACCUUUAUUAAGCCAACCAAAAUGCCUAUUUUCUGAGGGAGCAUUCCUUCCAGUCUGUAAAAAAAGCUACCCAGUUUGGCUUCUUUUGAAUUCCUUUUUAACCUAGCAUACCAGUUACGAUUACGAUGCAGCUUAAAUGUAUAUGUCUUGGCCCUUAGAUCUAACACUGAUAUGGAGUUGGAGGCUGCAGGGGUACCAGAUGGUGAAGUUCAGGGCUCAGAACUGACUGCAGAAAAUAGGGAGACGAUUGUGCCUGAGGCUGUUGGACAGGAGCAGCCAGAGGAACUUCCCAGACCGCAGGGCCUAUAGCAGUGAUGGUGAACCUUUUAGAGACCGAGGGCCCAAACUGCAACCCCAAACCCACUUAUUUAUCGCAAAGUGCCAACAUGGCAAUUUAACCUGUAUUUCUCAUUUUUUCUGUGUGUUUCACGUUUCUUCUUUAUAACUGCUGUUGUAAUAAAUAAUCCUUCAUAAAAGUUAUUGCAUUAUAUUCUUCAUUAAAUUAUCUUUUCCAUUGAUAUAAAAUUUUAUGGUAUAACUCAGUGCUUUUUUUUUCUUAAAAAAAUGUUUAGGUGUACUCUCAUUUUGACUCAAGAAAAUCGCCACCAGGGGAAAAUAAAUACAGUUCAAAUCGGGGGAAAUAAAUACAGUGAAUUUCUUCUUCCGUUAAAUUCACAAAAUGUUUAGGAGUAUGCGUCCCGCUGUGUCCCCACAGAAAAAAAAGCACUGGUAUUACUCCAAAACAAAGUGGUGUUAUGAGCCAUCAAACCUCGGAAAUACGUUUUUUCCAGAAAGUUCCACGAUUUUGGCCACUAUUGUACACUGGAGGGCUGUACUAAGAGCCACCCUCUCCCAAUUUUUAAUAUGAGAUAAUAAUGAUUGUCUGCGUGCGCACAUACUACAAAAAUAAAUAAAUAAAUAAACCCAGCCAGAUGGGCGGGGUAUAAAUAAUUUAUUAUUAUUAUUACUACUGCUACUAUUAUUAUUUGCUGUUUCUUCAGCUGCCAUUUGAUCACAGCCUCCACGGAAUGAAUUACUCUGUUGGCUGUUGCAGGAAAGCCCAGAGAACACAUAAACCCAGCAGCCCCUUCUUAGGUUGCCAUCUUUAUAUGCUAAAUGACCUGGGAGUUAAGCCCUGCUGAACUCAAGGUGUCUUACUCCUGAGUAGGAAAAACAGACUGGUGGGAGGCCCUGGCGCAUCAAAUGUCAAUGCCUGCUCAGCCCCUCGAUGCUCGCCAGGCCCUGAUGCCACAGGCUUUGGACGGUGCGCACAAACCCUCCUCUCCUCCUCCUCUCCCACCCCCAGCAUGGAAGCUAUGGCCCUGCUGGGGCGAUGGCGCGUGUGCCCACAGAGAGAGCUCUGAGUGCCCUCUCUGGCACACGUGCCAUAGGUUCGCCACCGCUGGUCUAUAGGGCCAGAGCCUGGACACUCAAACACAAGAUGCCCCCCACUGCACAUUAAUAGCCUGGCAGUGCAGAAAUGCCUCAGGAGGGAAGCUGUGGAGGAGGUAGUCUGGAGACACAGAGGCUUACAAGGCCUCAAUCUGCUCCCAACCUUUGUCAGAGCAAGUUGGUCGCUUGGAGUCACCCACUGUCUGGCAACCUUUGCUUUACCUCCAGCCUUGCUGCUUUCUCCUUGGGAUCUGGCAUUGGCCCGUCAUAUGUCAGUAUUUAGGGACGCGGGUGGCGCUGUGGGUAAAACCUCAGUGCCUAGGACUUGCCGAUCGUAUGGUCGGCGAUUCGAAUCCCCGCGGCGGGUUGAGCUCCCGUCCUUCGGUCCCAGCUCCUGCCCACCUAGCAGUUCGAAAGCACCCCUAAAUACAAGUAGAUAAAUAGGUACCGCUUUCUAGCGGGAAGGUAAACGGCGUUUCCGUGUGCUGUGCUGGCCACGUGACCCGGAAGUGUCUUCAGACAGCGCUGGCUCCCGGCCUCUUAAGUGAGAUGAGCGCACAACCCCAGAGUCGGACACGACUGGCCCGUACGGGCAGGGGUACCUUUACCUUUUACCUUUAUGUCAGUACAGUGGUACCUCGGGUUAAGAACUUAAUUCUUUCUGGAGGUCCGUUCUUAACCUGAAACUGUUCUGAACCUGAGGUACCACUUUAGCUAAUGGGGCCUCGUGCUGCUGCUGCGCGAUUUCUGUUUUCAUCCUAAAGAAAAGUUCUUAACCCUAGGUACUAUUUCUGGGUUAGCGGAGUCUGUAAUCUGAAGCAUCUGUAACCCGAGGUACCACUGUAUACAAACUGCCCGUUUUCUCUUAAUUCCUGUUUGACAACUCCCAAGAAACCUUCAUCUGGUCUGAUGGGGCGUUCUGGAGAGCUCAGAUGUGUACAUGCCAUUCUGUAACACGUUGAUUAGCUUAAUAAGGGUAUUGCCCAAAUGUGGAUUUUGGAAUAGAGCCUCUCUCUUCUGGAAAGUAAACUCACGGCGCUGUUGUCAUGUAUACAGUCGUCUGAGGAUUGAGCUCUGGGGGUGGGAAGUUGUUCUAGUUUCAGGCAGAACAGAGGGCUGAUCGACCUGAUGUCUGUGACAUCACAAAGUAGCUUUUUGCUGGAACAGUUUUUCAGUUUGGAAACAACAGAUUGGGCAAAAAUGUCAGGGGUCAUAUGAGUAUGUGCACAUAAGAAUAAUAGUUUAGAAGCCAUGGGUAGGGAACCUAUCCACUGCCCCCCAAUGUUGGACUUUAGCUCCCAUUAGGAUUUUAAACCUUAUGGGUUUAAGAUUCUGGUUACUGAAAUCAACAUUGAGCAUUUCCCACCUUGGACAUGAUAGUGGGGAUCUGUGGUUUAAAGAGAGACUGAAGGGUCACAGUGUGUAAGCUGGCACACCAGGGAGGAAUGUGAAGGCCCAACACAGGUUUUCUUCUUACCAAGCCAUUGUUUACCAAGCCAAGAAUGUUAUGUCUGUAAUGGCCCACAGAUUACUCGCUUGCCAGGUUAUAUAUCCUGUUUUUCUAGCCAAAUGCAAAACUGGAAGCACCUAGCUGUGUCACCCUGUGUAAUUCCCUUAUCUGUCAACAAGGAGGGAUUCAUAGGCCGAGGCUAACUUGAACCCGUGACCAGAGUGCUUCUGGGCCCAUUGUAAGUACUGGUGAAAUUACUGACCAACACCUGUUGCAAUUUUUGUGCUAUCUUCAUGGGCAGCACCACAUAAAGGCAUAGGCGACAGCAGCCAAGUCCCUUAUAUGCCAGCAGAGGGUGCAACUCUGAGCAAGAAUGCCCCACUUCAUGAUGAAUAGGCAUAGAACAAAUAGAACCUGGAACAAAACAUUGCAGUGUGAAGUGCUUCUGUUCAUGGUGCCAGCCAACCAGCAUUGCCUUCUUUCAAGACCUUCAAUUUCUGGUUUUCUUUUUUCCCUUUCUCCAGAAGGCAGUCAGCAUUCUUUAGCCAUUGAACAUCCUCAGCCCCUAUUGAGCUUUUUGGGGAAGGAUGCUCCCUUAGUUACUUAGGGUAUUUUUUGUGCUUCUGUAAACCUUGGCAAGUCUCCUGAGCCUUCUGAAAGCUUCCUUUAGUGAGUGAGUGGUGCCGUUUUGGCUGCAUAAGAGAAAGCAGCCGGCCUUGAACUUCGGAAACGGAACAGUGGUGCAGGAGCUGAAAUAAUGUAUUCAACUGCACUGAUUUCAAUUCUUACAUUUCAGUCAAUAAAAUAACUGGGCUACAUAUAUUUAAAGAGGUAGAAAGCUCUUCUGGAAAAAAUACUCAUCAAAGAGCAACUUACAUGGUCCUUUGUUUGGGAUGGUUUCAUGCUAAAGUACCUGGAAAAGGCUGGGAAAGACUCUUGUCUGGAAACCUGAAGAUCCACUGCCAGUCCCCAUAGACAAGCCGUUGCCAACUUGGUGCCCUUCAGAAUGUUUUGGCUACAACUUCCCAUCAGCCACAGCUGGUGUAGACGAUGUUGAGCUAGACUGACCCAUGGCAAGGAUAGCUCUCUGGAUCUGAUUGAACUACAGCUCUCAUCAUCCCUGAUUCUUGAUCCUUGCCGGCUAGGGUUGAUGAACCCAGGCCCUCUGAACCAGCCCUUCUCCAUGGGCCCCACUGAAUCUACCUCCUCACUGAAGCUGGUCUAGGGCUCUCUUGUCAGCAAUCUUUCUUCCCUGGGAGCUCUGGGAAUUAUAGCUCUGUGGCGGGAAUAAAGGUCUCCUCUAACAACUCUCAGCACCUUUAACAAACUGCCCUUAGGCCAAGAUGGUGCCUAAGACUGCUAUUCCAGCUUACCUUGGGACCAGUAAGAGACCUGCCAUGGAUCUAUAUUAGUUGCUGCUGUUCUGAUGGGUAAUUUUGCUGUUGUUUAUGUGGCUAAGGUUUAAUUUAUUUAGUGCUUGGUAUCAGAUUUUAAGAUAAAGCCACCUUGUGGAUUGUCAGGCGAGGCGGGUGUUAAUAGAAAGGUGGCAAAAGAAUAAAAUAAACAACAGCAGCAAGAAUACUUAUUGCAAAGUAUUGGAAGACACAAGAACUACCCACUCUGGAAGAAUGGCAGAUGAAGGUGAUGGACUACAUGGAAUUGGCGGAAAUGACUGGCAGAAUCAGAGACCAGGGAGAAGAGAUGGUGGAAGAAGAUUGGAAGAAAUUUAAAUACUAUCUACAGAAAUAUUGCAGAAUUAAUGAAUGUUAGAAUGAUGUUAGAAUGAAGUUAGGUGGUUUAAGCAGUAAUGCUAUAAAGGUGUAUGUAAAAAUGGAUUGAUAACAGGUGAAAAUUUAAAGUUAUAGUAUAUUAAGUCAAAGGAUUAAGAGAAAAUAAAGAGGGAAAGAAAUUGCUGAAAUAACUAAAUGAAUUGGAAUACAAAAAAGGGGGGUAUGAGGAGGUCAGGGAAACAAAGAUAUAAAGGUAAGGCAUGGAAAGAUUGAUCUAUUUUUUUUUAUUCUUUUAUUCUGUAUUUUGUAUUUUGUAUUUUUCUUGUAUUUUUAUUUCUGUCUUUUGUUUUUGUUUUUCUUGUUUUUAUGUAACUCUUUUUUCUGAAAGUUUAAUAAAUAUCAUUUAAAAAAAAAGAAGAAUAAAAUAAUACUGGGGAUGUUGGGUCAACCUAAAGAGCCGUCUCAGCUGAUUGGCUUUGGUUCUACAGGCUCCAACAGACUGAGCAGCCUCUUUGGCCUCCUGAGUUUAUGACGCUAUAAUAACCUUGUUUUGUUGCACGGCUUGUAAUUUGCUUAACCUUUCCUGACUUGCUUAUCAAGUAUGCUCUUGCCAAUUCCUGACUAAGCGUUGCGUCUCAUCUCCUGCGGAGUCACCCUACCUAGUCAGCACGCUGGCUCUCGUUGGGUGACUUGGGUAUCCGAUACCGUCUCUUUCAGAGCGAUAAUGGAGCCACUUCCCAGGCUGAAAUUCGCCAAGUUUAGGUGUCUGGUCGUCUGAUGGCACCGUUGCCUGUGGGAUCAGACAAAUUGAGACAAUCACCCUCUACUUCAGUUGAGAUAUUGUAGCCAGAGGAGGAUGUUGCUAUGGUUAAUUAGUUUUAAUAAGCCUUAGUUAUUAUGGAGGACAUGUUUUAAUAAACCUAACCACCAUUCCAAGAUGCUUUAUCAUGCACUUUCUAUGUUGGCAUGUGCUGGGUAUCUCAGCUGGGUUUUGGUGUGCCUGAGAUUGAACAGCCUUGGACCAGUUGAUGGUCAGGGCAUUUGUGGAAAAGCAUGGAAGUUUUGUCUACUUUUGUAGUAGUAUCUCAUGUGUACUUUGGUGAUGGGGAUCAGUUACAAUCUUCGAUUUGCUUUAGAUUUUAGACGGGAGAGUCAGUUUUGCCUUUUCUCCAGCUUCACCUGAAAUGUUUCUUUCUGACUCCGAGAUGCUUCCAUCUAUAAGAGACCUGUAAUAUCAGGUACCUGGGUUCCCUCCCCCCUUUGCCUUAAAGUUUAUUAGAAUACCACAUAAAAGUUCACAACAGUUUGUAUUAAAAUUACAAUCCCUAUACAAACACGAAGUUAACAGAGGAAAAAGUAUAUGAACUGGAUCGUUAAACUUGCUGCCAAAUUAUCAAAUAAGAAUCUUGGAGAAUAGGAAGGGUCCUGCUGGAUCCAAGGCCAGCAUCCUGUUCUCACAGUGUCCAACAAGGUGCCUGUGAGAAACCGCAAGCAGGACCAGAGUGCAAGAACCCUUUCCCCUCCUGUGUUCCCAGCAGCUGGUAUUCAGAUGCAUUACAGUGGUACCUCGGGUUACAUAUGCUUCAGGUUACAUACGCUUCAGGUUACAGACUCCGCUAACCCAGAAAUAGUACCUCGGGUUAAGAACUUUGCUUCAGGAUGAGAACAGAAAUCGUGCUCUGGCGGUGCAGCAGCAGCGGGAGGCCCCAUUAGCUAAAGUGGUGCUUCAGGUUAAGAACAGUUUCAGGUUAAGAACGGACCUUCGGAACGAAUUAAGUACUUAACCUGAGGUACCACUGUACUGCCUCUGAUCAUGGAGACAGAGCAAUAGCCAUCAUAGCCAGUAGCCACGAACUUGUACUCCUAUGAAUUUGUCUAAUCCCCUUUUAAAACCAUCCAAGUUGGUCGCCAUUAUUACCUCUUGUGGGACCGAGUUCCAUAAUUUGUCUAUGCAGUGCCUGAAGAAGUGCUUUAUUUCAGCUGUCCUGAACCUUCCAACAUGCAGCUUCAUCUUGAAUAUACUGUUCUGUGUGUUUUCUGUGGGGUUGAGUGGGGAGUGAAGCAUCUAGCAAAGGGCAAAGAGCAGGCUUUUCCGUUCCCUGUAGCUACAGUGGAGGAAUUAGAGCACUGUAGCAGAACACAUGUUCUGCGCGCAAAAGUUCCCUGGUUCGAUCCCCAGCAUUUCCAGGCAGGCUUGAUAAAAGACCGUUGUCUGAAAACUUAAGAGAGUUGGUAGCAACUGGUGUAGACCACAGAUAGACAGCCUGUGGCCUGCUAUGUUUCUCCCAAUGAACACAUCUUUGCAAGCAAUGUUGUUUAAUAUUUAUUAUUAAUUUAUUUAUUAAUCAAAUUUAUAUACCACCCUUCACCCAUAGAUCUCAGGGUGGUUUGCAACCUAAAAAUACAACAUAAAGGACACAAAAUACAUAAUAAAAAUAAGAACAAAAACAAACCAGUAAUCUCCCACAACAUAUUUAAAAGGAUGUUAAUUGGUCAAAGGCUUGAUUGUCAAGGAUCAUUUUCACCUGACGCCUAAAGGUAUAUAGUGAAAGCGCCCUGUGGGGAGAGUAUUCACAAAAGGGGAGCCACUGCAGAAAAGGCCUGUUCUCAUGUUGCCACCCUCCACACUUCACAUGGAGGAGGCACACGGAGAAGGACCUCAGAGAAUCAUCUCAGGGUCGAGGUAGGUUCAUGUGGAGACAAGUGGUUCUUGAGGUAUUGCGGUCCUGAGCUGUUUACAUUUACAUUUUCAGGCAGAUUUUUCAAUAAUAUGCACAUUUUUAUUGUUGGAGAACCGCGUUGCGAAAUUUGGAGAAGUGUGGCUAGCUACAUUCUGGUUUGCUGAUCAUUUUGGGGAAGUCAAGAUGAGGCAGCUUCUCGGUAAAAUGUCAACUGAACAUACUCUCGCCCCCAUCAUUCUAUGAAACAAGGAAAUUAGGAAGUGGAGGCAUGGGGAUGGGCAAAAAAAAGUAGUUGGUGGAGUUUUUAAAUGGUUAACCAAAAAUCAUUUAAUCAAGAAGUAAGGGGAAGCCUUAAACCACUCCUUUAAAGACAAGAGAUAAAAACAGUCUUUGCACUGAGGGGGGGAGAUGGUUGGCAGAAGAGACAAGGAAGUGGAGGCACUAAGAACUGACUUGUUAAAAGUGUACAACGUGAUUUACAGAUUCUUUUCUUAUUAUCACCACCCUGCUAGGUAGAUCAUUACUGUAAUCAUUUUCUGAACUGGGAGGCCCUCUUUGAGGUUGAUUCUUCUCCUUUCACCUGCAUUCAUUCUAGAUCAUGGUCAUAGCCAGGAUUUUUGUUGGAGGGGCGAGCCUUUUGUUGGGGCGAUAGGACCUCAGUUAAUUACCGUAUUUUUUGCUCUAUAAGACUCACUUUUUCCCUGCUAAAAAGUAAGGGGAAAUGUGUGUGUGUCUUAUGGAGCAAAUGCAGGCUGUGCAGCUAUCCCAGAAGCCAGAACAGCAAGAGGGAUCGCUGCUUUCGCUGCGCAGCGAUCCCUCUUGUUGUUCUGGCUUCUGAGAUUCAGAAUAUUUUUUUUCUUGUUUUCCUCCUCCAAAAACUAGAUGCGUCUUAUGGUCUGGUGCGUCUUAUAGAGCAAAAAAUACGGUAUAUAUUUUUAUAGAUUUGGGGGGAGGGCAGCUGCCCCCAGCCCCCCUGGCUAUGCCCAUGUUCUAGAGUUUUAUAAAGCCAAUGUUGCCAGAUUUGAGUGAACAGACUGUGUAGGAUUUGUGCAUGGGUUUUGUGUCUUAACAGAGAAGGUGGGGACAUUUGGUUCAACUGCUGUGCCAGUGGGAGGCUGGAGGAUGAGAUUAAUCAGACAUCAAGAGGAGGUGGGUGGCAGAGGCAAAAAUCCAUAAUCUGAGUAUUCUCCUUUUGGGAGAACAAUCCGUUUUGGCUGACUUGCCUGUUUCCCAAAGGAGUCCUCUGUUUCAGCUCCCCACCCUCUUGGUGGAAACAAGUUGCAUCAUAGGGAAUUGGUCUGUGACGUGAUGCAUCUGUGGGCAGACACAAGACUAUUUAGGGAUGCAAUGUGUUAGAACAGGAAGCACAGAAGCCGCUGAGGAUGGGACGUGAUCGGGCUUAAGUUCUGUCGUGAAAGCAGGCAAAAAGAAGCUACCCCACCCCAUUUUCUUUCUUUUUUUUAAAAAAAAGAGAAAGACCAAAAUCAAGGUAGGUCAGUCUGACUUUUUGGUUGUAAGGAAAUGAGAGUAAAUAAAUGUUGCUUGGCUGCUUGACAUCAGAGAUCCAUGUUGAAAGGGGAGAGACCUUUUUUGUUUGGGUUGACAAUCCACUUGCUUUGAGCUGGUCCACUGACUUACUGGGAACACUUGAGAGUAAAUAGAUUAUAUAUAAGUUAUCAACAGGAAAUUCCCAUCUGGAAGAAUGGAGAGGCAGCAAAAGUUCAGCUCUUCAGUCUUUUCAGAUCUGAGACUCUCCUAUUAAUCCUUACAUGGGAUACUCUUAUAACUUCUGGUUUUAUGUAUCUGCCAAACUUGGCAACACUGGUCUUCAAGUGACUGAGAGCAUUGGAUUAGUCCCUUGAAGUAGGUACCUGGUAGCAAUUUUCGAGCUUUUCAAAUGCGAAAAAUACAGUCUGUUGGCUUGCUGCGGGGAUGGGGGUGGAUGAGGCAUGGUUGGGCUUGCUUUCACAGGUUUGUUUUUUUCCAUGCAAAGGGAUUCAGUACAAACAGCUCCUCGCUGAUUGAUUUAUGUUUCAAGGCAUCUGUUCUAUUGUUGAGAGAAAGUUAAAUUUAUCCAACCCAAGCUUUGAAGUCAGUGCUUACAUUAUAAACUUCACAAUCCAGUUCAGUUCUUUUAAUGCAUUCGUUUCUUUUGUUUUGCAUGGCUGAGACCUGUUUCCCUGUUUUUGCAAUGGCCAAGGUUCGCUAGCAAAUCAUGCCAUAGACUGACCUGCCAAUCUUGGUUGGGUAAUUGCAGUGUUUUUCUCUUCAGUGAUGGGGAACCUGUAGCCCUCCAGAUGUUGAACCACAACUCCCAUAAUUCCUGGCCAUUGAUCAUGCUGGCUGAGACUGAUCGGAGUUUUGGUUCAAGACCAUCCCAAAGCCACAGGCUCCCUAUGCUGGCUCUGGCUAAUAUCCAUGCUAGAAAACAGUGGCUAAUAGUAGUCACCUGUGUGCCAAAGCAAUGAAACUUUGCCAUACUGGAGGAACAUGCUGUUUAAAAGACACAGAUUAAUUUAGCACAACUUGGCAAGAUUUAAUUUUUUCCAUUGACAAAAUGGUGGUGCACAUAUACAGGCGAGCCUGGAUAGCUCAGUUGGUUAGACCAUGGUGCUGAUAACGCCAAGGUUGCAGGUUCGAUCCCUGUAUGGACUAGCUGCAUAUUCCUGCAUUGCAGGGGGUUGGACUAGAUGAUCCUCAGGGUCCCUUCCAACUCUACAGUGCUAUGAUUCUGCUAGGUGCCAGACCAAUAUGCCUGUUUCUGGAACUGUCAGGAACCAGUGGAUGAACCAACCAUUCUCAGACCAACCAUAUGCUAACCUGUAACAAAGCAAAACAUUUCCAUGGUUUAUUACCUAAUCCAACUUGCCUCUUUGCACUCUCCAACAUAUACCCUCCUGCUUGCUAGAUUUUUUGCUAUUAUGUGCAGACAGCUGUAGCGAUCCUAUGUUAUUUAAGUUCUCUGUUGUUUUGCCAUGUGUUCACUUUUUUGAGAUAUAUAUUAAAAUAGCACAUAUCCCUUCGCAAAAUAAAAGUAUUGAAUUAGGAUGGAUGGAGAAAAGAGACCUGAAAUCACACUUAAAACAAUGGAAAGGAGGGCAUUUUAUUAUUUGUGUUUUAUAAGCUGUAGCUUUACACAAGUGUUUCAGAGUUACUUACAAGUAAUAGUAAAAUAAGCAACAUAUAAAAAACAAAAUCAUUAAAAUGAAGCACAACAUGAGGUAAUCAUAUCAUAAAAAACAAAUUAUCCCACUAACAUAGGUCAAACCACCACACACAGCCCCCCACAGUGUGGAGGGGAUGCCCCAACUACUGCAAGGAAAAACAAUAACCCACCAAUACCUGAGAAAAAGAGGAAUGGCUUUGCCUGGCACUGACAAUAUGUCAGUUUUGGGAGCCAAGUCUUCCUUCCUGGUGAGGGCAUUCCAUAUAUGCGGGGGCAGGCACUGUUGGGAUGGCAUGUUCCCUAGUCGUCACCCGCCAGACAGUUUUAAAAAUGGAAGAAGGGCCACCUUUUAAUCACAAGUGAUUGCCUUUGAAGAGGGAUGAGGAACAUAUAGCCCUUCAGAUGUUGCAUGGAAACCCAGCCAGGUGGGCGGGAUAUAAAUAAUAUAAUAAUUAUUAUUCUCUCCUCCUUGACAAUUGCAUACCCCCAAACAUUUCGGGAGGGCAAUUUGGAACACACACACACACACAGCACCCCAAUACUGCUGCCACUCGCUCACUGCCCACCUGCUAGCCACCGCCUUGCCUUCACUUGUGCGGAACCAAAAGAGCGCGGAACCAAAAGACAUGUGUCUUUUGCUUCCACACUCCUUUGGUCCCCAUUGGCUGAAAUCCCGGAAGUGCAGCACCGGCUUCCAUAAGUACACCGGCUGUUCUAUUUUUUGGUCCUGCACUCUGGUGUGAGCCAACUGUCUUGCGACCAAGAACAUAUGUAUUUGGGUCCCACGCUGUGGCACAUUCAGAGCAUGGGAGCCAAAACCCAGGAUUUGGAUGAGGGUGGCUCAAAACGGGACAUUUGCGCUGUAUGCAAUUGACCAUGCUGGCUAGAGAUGUGGAACUGACCAUGCUGGCUUGGUUCAUUGUUCCUCUGUCAGUGAAUUAAUUAUUAAAAAAUAUAUAUAUAUCGAUGGUUUAGAUGAUCAGGGAAAGAAAUAAGGUGAGUGGAACAUAAAUAUUGCCUGUAUUACUAAUGACCACCUGUGAUGAUUUAUAUUGCACUUUUGAAGCUUUAUUUUAUGGAAGCUCAAAGGAUUACAAAAUCUUGUGUUUCUUCCAUGCUGUGAUUGGCUGGCUCAAGUAUCUGGCGACAAAAAAGGAGUCCAGUUUAGUUGCUGUUUGGCAAUCUGAAGCGCCUCCAGCCAAGGCCUGACCUUCCUAUUCUCCCUCCCCUUUCUCAGCUUUCUAACCCUCCCUUUAUCAAAGCUCUUUGUGUGUCUUUCUGUGUGAGUGUGAGUGUGUCUGUCUCAGAGGCUGGGAAAAAAAGUCUGUCGAGUCAGCAGCUUUGGAGAGCUUUAUAUUUGAGCUGAGUUAGACUUGCUUAGUUAGGGUGUGUGCAUGGUGGCGGGGGGGGGGGGGAGAAGGAAGAGUGGCAAAGGUUAGUUCACCAGUGUCUUGUGUGUGCCUCUGGAUAUAGGCUUCUGGCUCUUUCCAUUUAAAAAAAAAAGUGUCAUUCCAGGGAGUCAGCAUUUUUGGAGACUGUGAAAUAAGGAAGCUUUUCUUUAACCCUUUAUUUAGCCAGCUGCGCAAGUGUAAAUACUGGUUUGUGGGCUUCUUUUUUCUACUUGUUUGUAUGUGUUUCUCGCUCGCUUGCUCGCUCGUUUUUUCAAUGUUUAAUGAAAGUCUAAAAAGGGGGUGUGGAAUAAAUAGCUCGCUCACCCUCCAACCCACAGGCGACUUGUGUUCUCACGCUUGCAGAGAGCAGCGCUAGAACGGCCGUGACUUGAUGGAGGAAACAUCUAGGGCAGUUUUGCUCACUGUUUGCUAACAAAAUCACGUUUUGCCCGUGAUGAUCAUGCACUAAAAACAGCAGAAACCCAUCCCUACAUUCUGGGGAGUAGGGAUGUAAGAAGGCAAUCUACUUCUGUUCCACCUUGGAUGCAUUGCAUGCUGCGCUGUUUCUGUUCUGCUGCAAAUUGGCUUCCAACAAGAAUGCAUUAUUCAUCUUCUUUUCCGCUAUGAUGAAUUAAUUACAUAAUCAGUUACAUUAAUCCGCACACAAUGCAAAUCGCUGGGGGUGGCGACGACAAUUUAUCAAACACGUUUCAUUGGUGGACUGAAGAAUGACAACACUGACCACAGAUAAUAUUCGUUGGAUUGUUUAGCUUUCCAGACAUGGGGUGAAUAAGGGAACACCAGCAAUUUCUGCUCCCGUUUCCAUUUUUGUUGAAGUUCUCUGGUAUCCCUACUGAUGUGCAGACCUACAUUUUCAAAGAGUAGCGUUCUGUUGCGUUUGAAUAUCUUAUUUUUUUUAUGUGCACUUUUAAAAUAGAAAGGGAUAUGAAAAGGCCCAAAUGGAAACACUGAAGGUUUUGACCAAAAUAGUAUUUUAAUUAGGGCUCAUCCAGACUUAUGUUUGUCCUGAGCAAGAUAGUUGCAGUUGGGAAAAUUCACUUUUUGAGAAGAGUGUGUGUGUAUUCCUACAGUCCUAAGGAUUCUAGUGCUGCAAGUUUGGUGGCAGAGAAUCUGCCUUGCAUGCAGAAUGUCCCAAAUUCAAUCCCCGCUGAAAGAGACUGGUGCCUGAAAUCCUGGGGAGCUGCUGCCCGUCAGUGUAGACAGCACUGAGGUAGACAGACCCAGUGGUCUGGCUUGGCAUAAGGUAACUUCUUGUGUUGCUAAAUCUGAGUUGCUUUUUUAUUACUGAAACUCGUGUUGAGAUUCCUGCAUUGCAGGGCGUUGGACUAGAUGACCCUUGGUCCCUUCCAACUCUACAGUUCUAUGACUAGAACUCUACAAAUGCAAUACAGUACUUAUGUAAAGAAAAUAGAAUACUAGCACAAGAACAAACAACAAGGUAAAAUACCAAACGUAAAGGACAUAAAGUGGGGAUAUCUUAGCAACCUUCACUAGGGAUCUUGCUACCUUUGAGUUUGUGACCCACACCAUAAUAUAGUGGAGGUUGUUUCUCCUUUUAAAUUCAUACCAUCAGCUCUUCAGAUGGCUCCUUUAUGCCAUUCUUUGAUCAGUUUUAUCCAUUUGCAAAUCUGGCCUGCAGUGAUGUUUGAAAGUACUUAACCCUCCAAAAUGCAGGCUAAUUCCUUAUUACUUUCCUUCCUUGUGACAACACUGAAUUUUAUUUUUUUUAAAUUUCUUCAGUAAAUAAGUAAAAGCAUCAUUUAAAAAAUACAAUGAACUUCUGUGAGGUGAUAGGAAAGAAUGGACACCUGAAGAUAGUGUUAAAUCACUACAUUAUGCUUAAAGGGGCAUCUUUUGCAGGCUUCCCCAACCUGGUGCCCACUAGAUGUUGUUUUCCUACAACUUCUAUUAUCCCUAAUCACAGGCCGUUCUGACUGGGGCUGAUGGGAGAUGGGGACCCACGACAUCUGCAGGUCACCAGGAGAAGGCUGUUUUAAAUCUCAUGACUGGCUUUUGAAGACAUGUUGGCCAAUGUGUUGCUGCUUGUCCUUUCCCCCCUCCCUUUCUCUCUGCCUCCACACUCCCACCUUUGGUAACUUACGGGUUUUUUAUUUUAAAAAAAACACCUGAGUUUCUGCUGCCUCUAAUUGUAUCUCUUAAUUUUGUGGUGAACAGCUUGUUUGGUGCUGACAGCCACAUCAAACGUAGAUGAUAAGCCCUCAGGGUUACUAACUUUGCAUGUUAUUGUUGGAUGUAAUUAACUUUUUUGAAAGCUCCAGCACAGUCAAGAAAUGGGAAGAUGUGGUUGCUGGUUGCCUAUAGAGCAGUGUUCAUCCUGAAAUUGCCAUUUUAAUAGGAGAGCCCUGGUGUGGUGCAGCGGCUAAGAGCCAGCCGAGGUUUCUAGUUCAACUCCUGACUCCGUCAAGAGCUCACUUAAGUAGCCUUUACUGGAUUCCCUGCUCCAUGUUCCUUCUGCAUAAUGGGGUGGAUACAGGGCCUGUGCUGCAGGGUUGUUUGAAAGACCACUGAGAUAAUCAAGCUGAAGCGUUUUGACCUCUGGGUGUGGUGCUGAAAAGUCCUAAAUAAUAAUAAUAAUAAUAAUAAUAAUAAUAAUAAUAAUUUAUUAUUUGUACCCCGCCCAUCUGGCUGGGUUUCCCCAGCCACUCUGGGCGGCUUCCACAGAAACAAAAAAUACACUAAAAUAUCACACAUUAAAAACUUCCCUAAACAGGGCUGCCUUAAGAUGUCUUCUGAAUUUCAGGUAGUUGUUUAUUGCUUUGACAUCUGAUGGGAGGGCGUUCCACAGGGUGCCACUACCAAGAAGGCCCUCUGCCUGGUUCCCUGUAGCUUUGCUCCUCGCAGUGAGGGAACCGCCAGAAGGCCCUCGGCGCUGGACCUCAGCGUCCGGGCAGAACGAUGGGGGUGGAGACGCUCCUUCAGGUAUACUGGGCCGAAGCCGUUUAGGGAUUUAAAAGUCAACACCAGCACUUUGAAUUGUGCUCGGAAACAUACUGGGAGCCAAUGUAGGUCUUUCAAGACCGGUGUUAUGUGGUCUCAGCGGCCGCCCCCAGUCACCAGUCUAGCUGCCGCAUUCUGGAUUAGUUGUAGUUUCCGGGUCACCUUCAAAGGUAGCCCCACGUAGAGUGCAUUGCAGUAGUCCAAGCGGGAGAUAACUAGAUAACUGUAUAACUUCUGGGGGCCCAUAUGCACUGUGCAUUUAAAGCAGUAUCAAACCCCCUAUACCCCUCACAGCGGUAUGGUUUCCAGUGUGGGAAUACGAGUUUCCUAGAAUCCACACACUGUUGGAGGACACUCCUUGUUCUUCUCCAGAUUCCAAUGCUGUAGUCGCCAGGUUAGAAAGAUGCACUCACCGGCGGCGAGCUGGCAGUUGCGUCUGUCGACCUUAGCCUUGGUCAGUGCAUAGAGAUAACUCCACUGGUAGCCAAUCUCUCUUGCAAAAUGUAGGGCACAAUGCUACUUUCCUCUGUGUUGUAGCGCAUAAGCACUGCUUGCUCAGCUUUCCCUCUUCCGUACUGAGCCCAGCGGGGAGUGUAGGCCUGGCUCUCUGAUAUACACAGACCUCCCGGUCCUGUCUAGGAGUGCCAGAAAACUCUCCGCUCAGGUGGGGGGAGGGGGAGAGAGUGCUCGGAGGCCCUGCAGCACUAAGCUGUCUUCAGUUGACGCCUUCAACAAAACCCCUCUUAGCCAGUGGCCUAAAGCACAGCAGAGAAGUGGCAGGUGGUGAUCUGGGUUUGUCUGCCUUCUGUUUGUCUAGUCUUGGAAUUCAGCAGGUGGCUCUUAGGAUCAGCUGUCUAGAUAAAAGUCUUCCAGCCUGCAGCUCUUCUUGCCCUGGCACCGCUGGUCUGUGGAGUGUGAGAGAGAAACUAGAUUACCAAACGCCUCCUGUCCUGGGGAGAUUGUCUUGCUGAUGCAAGGCCCUCUGUUGCAGGGAGAUGGGUGAUCUCCCUGUAACGCUUUGGACCGUUUUCAUCAGGUAGCAGAAUUCCUGAGUCAAAAACAAAGGGUGACCAGCUCCUCCUCCUUUAAGAGAUAUUGUCGCUUUCUUUUCUGAAUGUGGGGGAGGUUGAUGGAAAUCCCCAAACUUCACACUGAGCUAACCAGUUCUGGGCAGGUCUUUUAUCUGAUGCAAUUCCUCCGGGGCUAUUGCUCCAAGCGGCUUUUGCAAGGAGGAGAGGUUGAGAAAACGACAUCUCAUCCGCAGAGCCUAACUUGAAGUUUCCAGCAGCCUUUGCUCUCUAGGGUCUGGUGCACUCCCCCCACUCCUUUGUGCUUUCUUUCACUCUUGCCUUAUUCUCCCCACCCCACCCUUCCUCCACCCCCAAACUGUGACGGACAGCCUCUGGCAAUGGCUGUCCUCCCAGGGAAGAGGUAACUGGGUGGGGCAGAAUCCCCUUUGAUGUGAGUGUUGGUUCUUUUAAAAACAGCUGUUCCUUUCAUUUUCCAGGACAGAGGAGUCAAAAUCCCCCGGCAGUUGGGAAGAGGCCCCAGUUCCUUCAUCCCGGUGGAAGAGGUAAGAUGCACAGCUUGGAACUUCUUUUUCUCUCUCUGCCAAGCCUUACUAGAGAGCACCUUGCAGUGAUGGUGCUAGUUAUUUUUGCAUUUAUGGGGAUGGAUCUGGGGGGCGGGGAGGAGUCUGGGUGCUGGGAAGGUUAGCUCUAGCUGCAGACACAUUGUGCAUUUAAAACACAUUCGUCCUCCCUACCUUGGGGCAGGAAUCCUGGGAACUAUAGUUUGUUCCUCGCAAUGCUACAGUUCCCAGCACCCUUAGCAAACAGGCUAUGUACUUGAGAUCUCUCAUAUGCACAAGAAAAUAGCUGGCAAGCAUUCAGCAUCUAGUAGUCCUCAGGUGCUAUAAUAUUAAAGAACUGAGUAUCGAUAAAUAAUAAAUAUUAGCAAAGGUGCAGUGUGCUUGCUGGCUAUAAGCAGGAGUACUGUUAUUCAGGGUUCCUGCUGUUCAGGGUUCCCACACUCAAUAUUCCAUGGCUGAACAUUCUCUAUCUUCCUUGUGCCAUAUGUAGGACUUCCCUUUGCUCUUUAGUUGUCGUCAUUUUUUUUUUUUUAAUUGUGUAAACCUCAGGGUGAUCCUGAGCAUGGGAAUAGCUCUCUUGUUAGUCAGUGCCCCUGUUAUUUGGUUUCGUUUUUGAGGAAGCAAUACUUUGGGAUGAGAGAAUGUUUCAGCUAGGGGAACUGGAGCUGGGUUUGGGGGUGGGGUUUGUUGGGUUCCAUGUUAGGAAGGAACAUGUGUAUUCAGUGCUAUUUCUCUAGAAAAAGAGGUGCCAGAACUCACCAUGAACGCCUCUUAUAAUGGCAAUGGCACCCACCUGAGAGGUGCCAGAACUGACGUCUGGAGAGUUCUGGCUGAAAAAAAUCCCUAGGUGUAUUUCUGUGCACACAGUGAAGGAACAGAUGUGUAAAUUUCAUGAACAGAUCUAGAGAGACCUGGCUGGGCCCCAACACUGUCUUUUAAAAAACCUCGGGGUGGGUGGGACGAAUUUCCUUUUGGGAGGGAAGACUGUCUUGUGAUCUCUAGCUACCACUGUUCUGAGCACUACACACCACUGUCUCCAGCUUCUGUUUUAUCUAUUUACUGAGAUAAUUAUAGACCAUACUUCCAUGACAAUUAAUCAAGGCAGCGUUAAGGUUAGUGUCGGACUAGGUCCUGGGAGAUCAGGGCUCAAGUUCCCACUCAGCCAUGAUGCUCACUGGGUGACCUCAGUCACUUGUCUCUGAGCCUGACUGCCCUCUGCUGAAGUCUAGGGAUCAUGUUCCUUAAAGGAGGCUAGAAAAAGCCAGUCAAACUGCUUCAUAAAUUCCGAUUCCCAGAGGGAAACUGCAGUAGCUAAAAACAGGUUUGUUGUUCCCUGGUGCUGAUAACAUAAAUAGUUUGUUGUUCUGCUGAUAAGAAGCAAAUACCAGAACAUCAAUUAUUUUAUUAGUAGGACCUGCAAGAAAAUGUUGCAGUGCGGAGUGCUCUUCUUCAGAAGGCCUACCAGCCAGCCAUGCCCUUUUUGAGAAAACUCCAUUCUUCCCUGCCCCUAGGAGGCCAGCCACCCAUGCACUUUUUGAGAACACUGUGUUCCGGUUGCCCCCCACCAACCUUGUUCCUGUGGCUGUUAAGCAUGCUUGGCUGUCAGUGAGCUUUUUUGGAUGGUAAAGGGAUCCACUUAAGUUUUUAUUCUUACAAAUUAAAAAAAUUGUAUUCCUGCAAAUCUUGGCGCUCCCCUGGGUCUGCUAACGUCUCUCCCCUCCUCACGCAUGGAUGGUACUAUUUUGCCUAGAUAAGGAUUUGCAUUAAGAACAAGUUUGCUAUUUGUAUAUAUAGGAUAUAUUUUUGUGUGUGUUUCAAAAUACAGUGGUACCUUGGAAGUCGAAUGGAAUCAGUUCCAGAAGUCCAUUCAACUUCCAAAGCGUUCAGAAACCAAGACGUGACUUCCGAUUGGCUGCAGUAAGCUUCUCCAGCCAAUCAGAAGCCGUGGAGGACGUUCGGGUUCCAAAUAAUGUUUUACAAACUGGAACACUCACUUCUGGUUUGCGGCGCUUGGGAGCCAAAGUGUUCGACUCGCAAGGCUUUCGGGAUCCAAGGUACGGCUGUAUUGCUUCUGGGGUGCUGCCUAUUUAACUGGGAUGAAGGAAGGGAGGCUGCAAAUGAAAAUCAACCCCUCUCACCACCAGCACUGAAAUAAAAAUAUCCUGUAUUUCCCCCAUGUUUUCCUCGCACCUUGAAGAAGGGUUGCCCCCUUCUAUGGUGGUUUUCUUGCCUAAAGCAACAGAGAUCAUAGAAUCAUAGAAUCAUAGAAUCAUAGAAUCAUAGAGUUGGAAGAGACCACAAGGGCCAUCGAGUCCAACCCCCUGCCAAGCAGGAAGAUGGAUUAUUGUUUACUUGUUUCUUUCCCUGACCUCUGGCAAUCUUGCAAAACUGCUGGCCAUGGGUUCAGAGGCAUCUGAGGUGUUAAUCCCUCCCCAUCACCACCCCCACCCCUUCCUGGUUUUUGGGGGGCAGCCAGCCCUGCUGGCUUUCCAGCAGGGCAACACAUAACACGAAGUGCUAUUUGCUUAUUGCCACAGCAAAGUCCUUGGCUUCCCCCGCCCUUGUGCUUUUUUUUUCUUCCUGUGAUGGGAGUGACACAUGUGUGAGCGUUGCCCUGUGAUGUCGUCAUCUCCUUAUUUAUCGAGUGACCUUCCCUCCCUGUGUAUGCACAAACAACUUAUCAAAAGACUGAGUGCCAGCUACCUCUCCCUGGCCACUGUUGCACCCAUCAGAUGCUGUCCUCACCCCUCCUUUCAAGCCCUGGGGUGGGGUGGGGUGGACCCUUCGGGCAACAUAAAUCUGUUCAAAUCCUUUGUGACUCUGCUCCUGUUACAGACUUCAGCUGCAGGCACACACCACAUUCAAAGCACUCCCCUGAGUCCUGGGAAUUGUAGUUUACCCCAGCAGAGCUGCAACUCCCACUCCCCCUGACAAACUAUAGUUCCCAGGAUUGUUGGAGGGGGUGCUUUAAAUAUAUGGUGUGUAUGCAGCCUUUGGGUGUGUGUGUGUGGGGGGUUCCUUCUGGGCUGACAGCUGCCCCUUUCUCCUUUUCUCUCUGGCCUAGUGCCAACUCCUCUCCCCUCCUUCACAAGGGGGUGCCACUCGGAGCCAUUGAGCCAUUGGCUGGUCUGGCUGGGGAAAUGAUAUGGGUUCUGUUCCUGGACAGCUCUGUGGUGCUGGCCACAAGGACAGUAUCUGCUUCCAGAGACGUCACCAGGCAGGAUUUUGAUUCCAGCAACCGAGAGAGCCGUGUUUUUUGAAAUUUCCCUGCCAAGCAGGAGGGGCAAGGAGGUGUGUGAUGGGCUGGGCUGUUGGUGGUGGCUGUUUUUUUGGCCUGGAAUUUGAACAAACAACCCGAUUGCAUCAGAUGGCUGAGCCCUUCAGCUGCCAUGGGAAACAGCUAAAUUUCUCUCGCUCUCUCUCUCUCUCUCUCUCUCUCUCUCUCUCUCUCUCUCUGUUGUUUGCUCAGUAAACUUUGAAAAGUGCAAUGUCGAGUUGGAUAAAAAGUCUGCCAGGCUUUGCUCUCUCUGUAAAGGAGAGGAUUCCUUCAGGUGAAGCUGUGACAAUUGAAUGGAUUUAUUGCAGGCUUCCUGUGACUUUAGUAGGGGCAGAUCUGCCUCAUACGUUUGAAGCACAUCCAGCGCAUGUUUAAAGCACAUUGGUUUAUUUCUUUAAUAGUUUUAUAUCAUAUCUUUCCCCCAAGUUGGAAUUCAGGGCGGCUUACAACAUUAAAAAAGCAUAAAAUACAGAGCAAUAAACAAGUGACUUCCCCUAAGUAAUUCUGGGAUCUGUAAUUUGUUAAGGAUGCUGUGGAAGUGGUGCUGCCGUUCCCAGAGUUCUAGUCAGGGGCAGGGAGUCAUGUCCUUUAAAGGUAUGGUUUGGGUCUGCCCAUAGAGAUGGUAAUCUACUUGGACAGGGUUGUUUUGGUAACAUUGUGUAUUUGACAUUGUGUAUUUGAAGUCCUUUUAGCAGCUCCAAAAACUAUAUAGGCACUCAGGGUUAACUCCAGACUUUAAGUAUUUUGCAGGAGGGUUUCAAGUGCAUACUGGGAAAUCUAGGUUUGCACGGUUAAAGUGAAUUAAAGCACUUUGUCACCCUAGCACAACAAAUUCACUUUUCAUAAAGAAUUGUACUUUUUGUGAUUAGGGAAGUAAUGGGGAAACGCACUGUGAAAACUAGUGGAGCUCUUCACCAUAUAACCUGCCUGCAAAUAAAUGUGAACAAAUGCCCCGUUACAGACUGGAUGCAAUCUAACUUCUGCGUAUGCUUUUUGCAAGCUAAUAGGCACGAAUGCUCAAUAAAAGAGGCUCCCCUGGACAACCCAUUACAUUCCUGCCUUUUUUUUUUUAACCUGUUGUAGAUCCUACAAGAAGGAGUAGAGAGUGCCCAGCGGCGCCUCUUUAUUGAGGCCUUUGUUUCCACAGGCAGGGUGGAUAACAUUACCAUGGUGAUGGGGCUGCAUCCUGAGUACCUGACAAGCUUCUGGAAAACUCAGUACCUCCUGCUGCGGAUGGAUGGGCCUUUGCCAUAUCACAAGCGCCAUUACAUUGCCAUCAUGGUGAGUGACUGAGGAGAAAUGGGAACCUGGGUCAGUAGGUGUAGAUUUUAAAGAACACCUCAUUUUAAAAUGUUUCUUCUCAUUAUUAUUAUUAUUAUUAUUAUUAUUAUUAUUAUUAUUUAAUUCCCUAGCUAUCCCUGCACCUGUUUAGAUUCUGUGUUUUGAAUUACGACAGAAUUACCUCAGAGUUGUUUCUAAUCCUUCCAGUGGUCAUAGCAUUGCCCCAGGCAGCCACUCCCCAACAACACCCACAAAAUGGCAGGUUUUUGUUUGUUUGUUUUUUAAAUGGAGUGGCUGUUUCUAUGACUGUUUCACUUCGUAUUUUUAUUUAUUUGGACAACCUACAUGCUGCUUAUAUUUAAACAAAACUCUGAGCAGUUUACGGCAUAGAUUAAAAUGUCUUAAAUAUACAGCAAAUACAAAAAGUGCCCAGAUCAUUUCUACAUUCCCUAAAACACGGCUAAGCAUUGAAAUAAAUCCUGUUUAGUAUCAAAAUAAUAAGUCCUCUGAAUCCUCUUUAGUAUCAAAAUAAACAUUACACCAUAGAAUCAGCUACAAAAAUGUGUGGAAGGUAGAAAACAGCUAUACAAAAUAACCUCUGAACAUCAGAAAGUAAGGUAUUAUAAAUGAGAAUCAAAUAAAAGUUAUAAAUGUAACAUUUUUUAAAGUAAUGUGAUUGGCAGUUAGGCAAAAGAAAAUCAAUUUGCCACCAUAUGUGAAUCAUUCAUGACCAUUAAACAAAUCAUCCUGAUUAAAUUCCCAUCUUAUUUCCCUUUGGCUGCUGGUCACUUUUGUGUGUUUGUGUUGCCUAACUGCACACUCCUUACUGACUUCCCUCGCAAGACCUAGAAUUUUAGAGGCCCCUUCUGCACUGCACAUUUAAAGCAGUAUCAUCUCUCUCUAAACAGUCAUUGUCCCUGUCCGCCUGCCCAAGAAUCCUGGGAACUGUAGUUAGCAAAGGGUGCUGAGAGUUCUUAGGCCACAUCUGUUCCCCACCUAGACCUACAAUUCCCAGAAUUCUCUGGGAAGAAAAAUGAUUGUUAAGCCACUUGGGGAAUAAUAUUACUGUGAGAGGGACAGAGCUUGCCUAACAGCACUCUAGUUCUCGAGAUUCUUUGGGGGAAGCCGUAACAAAGUGGUAAUAAUUGUCCUUCAGUUGGUGCGGAUGUGGCCCUAUAGCCGUAGCUAUAGCGUGCAGCUUUCAAUGUUGGUCUUACUCAGAGAAGAUCCAUUGAAAUUGAGGUACAUGACUAACUUGGGUCCACCUCAGUAGCACCUCUGCUCAGUGGCAGAACAUGUACUUGUCAUGCAGAAGGCCAGGUCCCCAGUUUACUUCCUGGCACCUCCACAUUUGGCCAGGAAAGACGCCUGUCUGAACCUGUGUGGAGCCACUGUCCAUGGGUGUAGACCAGCUUCCCCCAGGCUAUUGUCCUCCAGAUGCUGCUGGACUACAACUCCCAUCAUCCCUGACCAUUGGCCACUCUGGCUGGAGCUGGCUAGGAACCCAGCAAUCUAGAAGGCACCAAGCUGGAGAAAGCAUAGUGGGCCGAUGGUCUUGGCAGUAGAAAACUGCUUCCUGUGUAUCCCUUGUUUUUAGAAAUUAUUAAUAAUAAUAAUAAUAAUAAUAAUAAUAAUAAAUUUUAUUUAUACCCCACCCUCCCUAGCCAAGACCGGGCUCAGGGUGGCUAAUUAAGCACUGCCCAAUGGGUAGCUUUCCCCCAAAUCUGGGUCCCGUGUUGUUAAUGUGGCCAUGUACUCUGAUUCCUGGCAGAGACUGUUCUCCUGCAUUUCUUUAUGAGUUACCCCUCUUAUUAAUUUACCCCAUUUUUUCUCAGGCUGCUGCAAGACAUCAGUGUUCCUAUCUGGUUGGCUUCCACAUGGGGGAGUUCCUGCAGGUGGGUGGGGACCCAGAGUGGCUGCGAGGCUUGCAGUAUGCCCCACAGAAACUGAGGAACCUCAACGAAAUCAACAAGAUCCUGGCCCACCGGCCCUGGUUGAUUACCAAGGAACACAUUGAGGUGAGUAACUAAGGGUGGAAGGAAGGAAUUGGGAGUUGCGCAAACAUCCACUGAGAACUCCACAGAGGACAGUGUAUUGAUUCAUAAGACCAUUGCUCUUUUAAAAAACGAAAACAAAAAACUCACCCAUUUUCUUGUUAAUGGCAGGCCACAGAAAGUGAUUCACUUACAAAUAUAUGAAGUUGACUCAUACCCGGUCAGACCAUUCUUGUCUUUUGCAGGGAUAGAGUACAUUUUUGGCCUGUGAGCCAGAUCAUUAUCUGGCACCACCCUAUGGACCAUCUUUGUUGGGCAAGACAACCUGCCUGUCAAUCAGAUGACAUCAGAUGGGGGGCAGGUAGGUUGCCCUGCCCACCUGUUGAAACCCAUUGCCCUGCUGUUUAGGAAGCGCAGCACAGCCUUGCCAGCCUUAUGUACAGCAGAGUUCUGAGCAAGAUAUUAUUCAUUUCCCAUUUAAAGAUGAGCAGUUCUUCUUUUGAUGCAUGGAGCUAAAUGGGGAUCCCUUUGGUGGUGGUGCUUGUUUUAAACAGGCGCUCCUGAAGACGGGCGACAACAGUUGGUCUCUGGCAGAACUCAUCCAGGCUCUGGUGCUCCUCACACAUUACCACUCGCUUGCAUCCUUCGUUUUUGGCUGCGGCAUCAAUCUGGAGAUCGACCAGGAAGGAGGCCACGUCUUUCGGCCGCCCUCGCCACGCAGUUGUGAUAGCAGUCCGGCCUCGGAGGAUGGAGUAAACAGUUCCAGUGUGAGUGGCAGUAAGGGGAGGGGGUUCCAUUUUUCUCAAUGCAUUAAGGACCCUUAAAGCCCACUAGAAAACAGCACCAAAAACUGGCAGGGUCCAUUCUUGGAGAGUGUUGGGAGUGCUGUGAUUUCCACAUUAUAUAUCUGCUUACCUGAAAGCAUUCAUUGUCCUGCUUUUCAGCCUCAAAGGCUUCCAGAGUGGCUUAUGAAACUUUAGAGGUUUAUUUCAGGAAGCUUAUACUCUUAAGCAGUGCUUUUUUCUUUAAAAAAAAAAAGUUUAGAGAUACUCUCAUUUUCCUACUCAUAUUUAAAUACUGCCCCUCAACGAGGACAAACUUAGAUUCACAAAAUAUUUAGGGGUAUGUGUACCCCCGCAUCCCCCCAGAAAAAAGCACUGCUUUUAAGUAACGACCAUUGGCCCAUAUAGCUCAGUGUUGUCUAAACUGACUGGCAACAGCUCUCCAAGGCUCUUCAAGGUUGCAGGAAGGGGACAUUCUCACCCCCAAGUGGGGAUUGAACUGGAGGCCCCUCUGCAUGUAAAGCAGGUGCUGGACCACUGAGCUACGGCCAUUCCCCAAUUAAGCACUUCAUAAAUGUGUGCCCCUCUCCAGCCAUCAUUCUGAGGACUGACUGGUUUCUGUCCCAAUGUUCUCAGGGCUCAGAUGCUAUGGAGGAGGUGGAAGUGCUGAUGGAGAGGAUGAAGCUUCUGCAAGAGUGCCAGCUGGAAGAGGAGGCAGUCACCCAGGAGGAGAUGGAGACCCGCUUUGAGAUGGAAAAGAGAGAGAGUCUGCUCGUUACUCCCUCGGGUAAGACAGGCAAGUUCUCAGAUGGGAUCCAAGCCAUUUCAAUGGGGAGUUUCCUAGUGCUACGGCCUGCUAGACUUGGAAAAGAUUUGAGGGGGGAUCUCCCAGUGACUGUGCUGUUAACAACCAAAAACAGACUGUGCAAAGGGAAGUAGAGACUCUUGCACUGGAACUUAGUGCAACAAGGUAAAUCCCCCUCACACAGCCACAGUUCCCAGAGUGGUUUAACAAUCAAUCCCUCUUCCUAGGGAAAUCCGGGAAUUGUAGCUCUUCAGGGAAUAGGGAUCUCCUAACAACUCACAGCACCCCUAAACAAACUACAGUUUGGUAUGGUAUGAUACUGCUUUACAUGUAUAGUACAGAUGUGUUCUGCAUUUAGCCACUGAAGCUGGAAAAAGGAGAGCAAGUUCCUUUUGUGGGAGAAGGAUUAUACACAUGCAAGAUGGGAACUAUAGUGCCAUUCUUAUCCUGUCUUGGCAAAAUGAAUAAAGAAUAAUUCUAGGCUCCAAACUCCCUUUAUUUUUCUAGGGUGUAUAUUAGGACACAGUUGUAUUCUAGUUGAACAGCUUAGUUGCACAUAGCACCUGCCCUGGUAUAAGAGAAAGCACUGUCCAGAGGGAGGUGUUUUUGAUGCUCUCACAUUAAUCUUCCUUGGGGCUUUAUUCCCACUAGACAUUGCUGAACACUCCUUGCCUCCCAAUGUGAUGUGCUUUGUGGAGGACCCAGAAUUUGGAUACAAGGAUUUCACCAGGAGAGGAGAACAGACGCCCCCGACUUUCCGAGCUCAGGUACCUUAUCCACAUGCAUUCACGGUCCCUGCUGUAUGUGAAGGUUCCUAGUCUCUCCCAACACCCCUCCCUCAUUCUCUAAAACGCAAUGCCAGUUCUGUCCUUUGAUAGCAAUCCAGCAGAUUGGUAAUAUGCAAUAUUUGCCAGUGUGGUGUAGCAGUAAAAGUGUUGGGCUGUGACCUUGGAGACCAGAGUUCAAAUCUUAUAGAUAGAUGAACUUAGUACCUGUGCAUCCUACAAUACUAUAUUAUUCUACUUUAAGUAGAUGAGUGCAGGGCAAGAUCUGUCAAAAUGGCAAACCACUUAAGAGCAUCAGUAGGCUUUGUGGCACAGAGGCUGUUUGGUGGUGGCCACCGACUUGAAUGGCUUUAAAAGAGCAUAAGUCACAUUCAUGGCGGCCAAGGCUAUAAGCAGCUACUAACCACAUUGGCUAUGCUUUACCUCCGUUGCCAGAGGCAUCAUGCUUCUGACUACCAAUUGCUGGGAAUCGCAGGUGGGCGGGGUGCUGUUGCGCUCCUGUCCGGACUGCAGACAUCUGCUUGGCCACCGUGAGAACCGGAUGUUGGACUGGAUGAGCCAUGGGCUUGAUCCAACAGGCUCACUUUAUGUCGUUAUGUUUCAUUCUCUACACAGGAUUACACCUGGGAGGACCAUGGCUACUCACUCAUCAAUCGCCUAUAUCCUGAUGUGGGGCAAUUGCUGGAUGAGAAAUUCCAGGUGGUCUACAACCUGACUUAUAAUACCAUAGCCAUGCACAGUGGGGUGGACACAUCCAUGCUCCGGAGGGCCAUCUGGAAUUAUGUGCACUGUGUCUUCGGCAUUCGGUAAGACUUUGGUUUCUCCCUUCCCCUCCUCUCCCCUCCGCACUGCAUUGUGUCUCAUCAAGGCUAACCUGAGACCUUUCCAGACCUUUACUUUGCUGAAUGAUUACUUCUAAGAAAGGAAAGCAUUGGAUUAAGUUGCUUGCAGCACCAAACCAUAGCUUGGCACUUUGUGGAUGAGCCUUGUACUCAUGUGCACCAUCUAUCCUUCAUGGAUUUUGCUUAAUUAGUUGCUUACCCGUUUGGGAAACUACAAAUGUCUGAAAAGUGGGAUUAGAAAUUGUAAGAAACUUUGCAGAUAAACCCUAGUUUGCUGGUUCAUGUCAACUAUGGUUUGCCUCAGAUCAGGAAGUAGGACACAUAGGUGAGAGAAGGAAGCACACAAGCCCAAAGCUUAGUCAUGUGAUGCUAAACCAUAGCCUGGUUCACAAGAAAUCUACUGAGAUCCAUCGUCCUCCUCAGACCGGUUGCUUUGUUUAGUAUAGGACUGAAGGAGGAGAUUGACUGUUUUGUGUGUUUUGGCUGGAUUGAUUUCUGUGACUAGCCUUGCACGGAUCUCGCCAAACAGGUAUGACUCAAGGGAGCUGAGUCACCUAAUUCAUAGAGAGGUCGGAUGUUAGGCACGUUUGUGGGAUGUGGGAGGACUUGUCCUGUCAUAUCCUCGGCUGGAUCUGCCAUGUGAAUGGAACAGCUUCCCUAGACCAGGGGUAGCUAACCUUUUCCUACCACUGGUUUCUCUUUCUGCCCACCCUCUUUCCUUUCUUUGCCACCCCCCAAUGAAAUUAGGCCAGGGGCUCACCCCCUGACUUAAACGAAGAGGGAAGGGACAGUUGUGCUGUUGGUUGGCGUGUGGCUAAAGAAGUGAUUUCUCUGGGAAGCGCCAUAGCUUAGGGGUACAGGGCAUGUGCUUGCAUGCAGAAUUUCACUGGCUCAGUCCCUGGCGCGUCCAGUUUAAAGUACCUUGAUGAGCAGAGCCAGGAAAGGGCUCCUCUGCAGAAGACGCCAGAGAGUUGCUGCCCGUCAAAACGGACUCUACUGUUGGAAGAUGGAUAAAGAAAGAGGAUCUCUACACAGAGUGCAUGCUUAGAUUAUGGAAUUCAAUCCCCCAGGAAGUAGUGAUGGCCACCAACUUGGAUGGUUUUCAAAGAGGAUUAGAUGUACUUGGUGGCUGUGUUCUGCUACCAAUGCCAGAGGCCUUAGAACGCCAGUUGGUGGAAAUGGGGGGGGGUUGCUUUUGCACUCGGGUCUGGCAUGGAGGCUUCCCCUAGGCAUCUGCUUGACCUCUUUGAGAACAGGAAGCUGCACUACUUGGGCCACUCGCGUUCUUAAUGUUCUGACUUGACAGAAGGCAGCCCCAUAACGUUCACAUCUUUGCGCUUUCCCCCCCAGGUACGACGACUAUGAUUACAGGGAGGUGAACCAGCUCUUGGAGCGCAGCUUGAAAAUCUACAUCAAAACUGUGGCCUGCUAUCCAGAGAAAGCCACCAAGCGCAUGUACACUCACUUCUGGAGGCAUUUCAAACAUUCUGAAAAGGUAAAGCCACAUGAUAUUUCCUUGGGGGGUGAGGGAGAGGAGAAGGGAGGUCUGUUUCUCUCUCACUCUUUCUGGGGUCUCAAGAGACUGGUCUGAGUUUCUCAUGGCUGAGAGAGUGAUAGCAGGGACGGGGGAGCCGAGGACACAACACACACUGUGAUGACGUGUGACAGUAAUUUCCAUCAUCACUGGCUGGGCUUAUGAGGUUUGGGUCCAACAAGACUGGGAGGGUCCCAAUGUAGGAUAUGGCUGCACACUUGUACACUGUGGGUUGUAUCCAGGGCUAUUCCUAGUCAGAGCAGACCCAUUGACAUGAAUGGACACAACAAAGUUAGCAGCAUUAAUUUCAGCAGGUCUACUCGGAGUACAACCCUAUCCCACAAACUUUCAAACUAGCUGAUUUAUUUUCAUUUCCUGUUUGAAUUUCGCCUCUCCUUCCAUGAAAUGAAUGGGCCUAAGUUAGUAAUACAUCCAUUCAGUGGGCCAGGACUAGUAUUGGAUAUAUCCUAUACUUUUCUCAUAAGAGCUUUUGUCUCCGAAAUUGCUUGGAUUUUUAUAUAUAUAUAUAUAUAUACACACACACACACACACACACACACACACACACAUACGCGCUGCUCUCCUAAUCAAUGCUGAGCUCUGAGCGAAGGCUCCAUUGCGUGUCACCAUUUAAAUUUCCCACAAUGCCCCAGGGAAACACCAGGGGAUUAUAACUGGGGGAAAGGAGCACCAGUUGCCAAGGAGACAAAAUUAAAAAGGAGGGCUCAGGGCACAGGCAGGCAUCAGCGGUAGUCCCUGCUGGGCCUUGGCAUGUUUGCUUUGUUCUCUGCCCCUUUCCAUUCUGACCUAUCCCUUCUCACCUUCCAGGUGCAUAUCAACCUGCUUCUGCUGGAGGCCCGCAUGCAGGCUGCCCUGCUGUACGCCUUGCGUGCCAUCACCCGCUACAUGACCUGACGGGACUCUGCUCCCCCUUGCCGUCCCUAAGGGGGGCAGGCCAGCUGUUUUGGACAGGGGAGCCUUCCCCUCCCCACACAAAGGCGUGUUUCUGGACUACGUUGCGAAAGACACUUUUGUCACCUUGCUCCCCCUGUGACUUUUUGGAGGGCUGUGUGUGGCGUUUCUGACACUGUUCUGAGCAUCUCCUGCCAAGCGACCAGCCAAGGAGGGCGGUGCAGGAGACCAAACUGUACACGUGUGGUGAAAACCAACUUUGCCUAACCCCAGCUUUCUCGGCUGAGACUUGGGAGCCAUCCCCCUCCUGCUGUGUGGCUUGUUGGCUCUGCCACCAGCUGGGAAGAGGGGUGGUCAUGUUUGGAUGGCCAGGCUUUUGGCCUCCAUCUUGGAAGGCUCGUUUUGCCAAUGCCCUUUUGCUGGCCUGUCAUGUGUUGAAAUUGGUGGUGGCUUCCUGUUGUGGCUACUCUCAGAUACCUCCCCCUACACACCCACCCCUACCCAGUAGGUGAUUAGUGCAAUGAAUGUCGGAUCUCGUGGCCAUGUCCUUUGCAACAACAACGCUGCUGGACCAGCCGAGGCAAAGACCUGAUUAACCAAAGAGAUCUCUCUGCCGCAAUGUCGGCUUUCCUUUCUCUACCUGCUGCAGGACUUUGAAUGUAGGACUGUGAAUGUUCGAGGAGGUCACGCUUUGGAAGGUGGGGGGAGGCCUGAGAAUCAUAUGAAACAAGCAGUUUCCCCACUGCAAUUUUGGUGACUACACUACAUUUCUUAGCUUCCUGCUUGAGAUCACUGCACUCCAUAUAUGGCGACUGGCUUAAAAGAGGUCACACGGGGCAAAAGUAUACCAGGUUGUGGUUAAGUUUGGCCAGAUUUUCCUUUUUCUUUUCACCUUGUCAAAGUGGGCAAAAUGCAAGGGUCUCUCCUGGCCAGGGAUGGAGAGAUCUCUCAGCUGAGGAAACCAGUUUUGGAGUACACAGAUUCUCAAGGACCAGAUCCAGAACAGAAGGCUGCUGCAUCUGUGAAAAUUGGGGUAUAGAUAGAGAUGUCCAACUGUGUUUGCCUCCCUUAAAAAAGCAUCACCUCCCAACGUUGUGUGUGUGUGUGCGCGCGCGCGCGCAUGUAUUUAGGCUGUCUCACAGAUCCCAGAACUUGGGUGUUUAGCGUUUAUGGAGCUGUUAUUUUCUCUGCAUCCUGGCCCUGCCCACAAGUUCCUCUAUGUUUUGAUUAGGCAACAAUGGGCCCACCUAGAUGACCCAGAGUUGGGGACUGAACAGACAUUUUCAGAAGAGGUUGGCCUGAUCUGUUUGUGCGAUAGAAUAAAGUGGUAACACUUGCCGUGCAAUGCUCUGCCCUAGUUUAGAUUGCAGGUGAGAGGUGCCAUUUUUAAAUGGUCUCCUGCAGUAAAUAAGUAGAUGUCCCUGUAGGUAAAGAGCUAGCAUAAAGGAAGCAGGCUCAACUAAACCCCCUCUCUCUGAUGUACUAGUCCUUUACUUGCAGGGAAUAAAAAGAUAUACAUAUAUAUAUAAAACAUGAGAGGGCAUGGAAAAAAUGUGAUCCUUCUCUGGCUGGCUGAAGUGGUGUGCUCCAUUCUCCCACCUCAUUCUCUUGCGUGUAUAGAGCAGACCCUCACCUGUUGCCAAAGCAGUCUCCAGAAAUGUGAAUAUGUGGAAGUAUUUAAAGAGCACUGACCACUGGAGAGUGGAGAGCAUUUAAACAUCAUGCCUUAAUGUUACAUUGUGCGCUUUUCAUCUCUCUCUCAAGUUAGGAGGGUUCCCCUCUGCCAAGAAAGACCCCAUUCAGGCCCUAUGCUCAAAACACACACACACACACACACACACACACACACACGUUCUUUGUGAGUCCACUGUGUAUCUGCCUUAACUGAUUUCCCUGGUCAGAGAGUAGAUCACUAAACUGUGAAAAAGCAAACCUUAAAGAUAACUUUUCAAACAACACCACACUCUUGUUGGGUUUCUUAAGCUGCUCCCCCCACUGCUAACCCAUCUUUGGGUGUGGGUUUUUUUACACUUCAAGAAGGAACUAAGUGUCCAUAAUUUCAAAAGGUUUUAACACGUAAAGGUGGUGUAGAUGCAUAUCAAGUUCUGGCGCUUUCUCCUUUCAUAUUCACAAUCUUGAAUUUUUACCUCUUGGAUUGUUGCCAUGAAACUGCGUGUACCAAACCCCUGGAGUAUGCCCGCAAGAUUGUUUUGGUUGUUCUGUAUAUAUGUGCCUCCCCCCCUCCCCCUUUUAAACUUUAGUAAUGAAAAUCCUGUGUUGGCUUGACUGGUAAGAAGAACAGGACUCUAGGGAGCAUUCCUGAAAUAUAUGAAAGACUGGCACGGGCAGAGGUAGCUCAAGCUAGCCUAGUGUUCCCCAACCUGUUGCCUUUCAGAUUAUUUUGGAGUACAAUUCCCAUCAGCCUCGGCCAACCAGGCUGUGCAGACUAGGGUUGAUGGGAGUUGUGGUGCAGACCAUUUGGAGGACACCAGGAAAGAUGAGAUAGGCAGGGGGUUUUGUGGGGGUGCUGAUUGAAAGCUAGUGCUGCCUCUUUGACUUGGCCUCCCAGGCCUGGUUUGCUCAGGUCAGAGAGAGCCUAUAUUACCUCUGAGUUGGUUAUGCUGUAAAUAUGCCCUAGGAUCUCCCUGUGAUGAGUCCAGUCUUUGGAAGUAUAUGCUUAUUGUCUCUAUAAGCCUUAAGACGGGGGAUGGGGAACCUGCACCCCUCUGUAUGUUGCUGGACUCCCAACUCCCAUCAGCCGCCAGCCAACAUGGCCAAUGUUCAGGAAUGAUGAGAUUUGUAGUCCGGCAACACUUGGAAGGCCACAGGUUGCCCAGUUCCUGCCCUAGGAAAAGUAAAGAUAUCACAGAGCUGGCAUAGGCAGGGAAGCCAAAACAGUAUUUCGGCCUUUCUUGGUCAAAGAUAAGGUACACAGGAUUCAUUUGCUGGGGCCUACCUCAUAUGACUGGCUUUACAGCUCACGAAAUGGUAUUUUAAGAUAGCCAACAUAUGGUGCCCUACAGACAUUGUAGGACCAUUGGCCAUGUUGGCUGGGGCUGAUGGGUGUUGUGGUCCAUAGCUUCUGGAAGGCAGCACAUUGGCUGCCCCAUGGCUUCCUAGUCCGUCCGUCGGUCCCAAUACAGUAGAUUUGGUAUGGAGCCUUGGGUUUCUCAAAUUUCACCUGGUUGUGUAGAGUUCAGAAUGAUUUUGGUGUUUAUAUGCUGACUUUCAAAGCAGGGUGAUUAACAUGUGGUCAUCCACACGCUCUUGGACUUUAACUCCUUUCAUUCCUGGCCCUUGGCCAUGUUGGCUGGGGGCUGAUGGGAAUUGGUUCCUAGCGACAUCUGGAGGGCCACUGGUUAGCCACCCUUUUGUAAAUUCUCAAGAUACUAGUGAUCAUGGCUUUCCAGACUGACUCUGUAGAUGCCUUGAGAGACUGCAAAGGAUAUUCUUUCUUCUAACUGAAACACAUUGCUCACUGGGUGGAAAAACAAAAAGGCUGGGGUUUAUGUUUGGCUGCUUAGUUAACUCUGCUUCAAGACACUGUACGGUCACUGUGUGUUAACAUUCAUACACUUCCUGCACUGCAAAGCAAGUCUUGUGGUGGUGUUUGUAGGCGGAAGGUGGGGCCUUGACUCUGCAAGGACCUAAACCUCUAGGCCACACUCUGCAAGGACUCUUGGUUAAGUUGUCCCCCUUGUUUUUCACAGGGGGGAUCCAUUUGAAGUGGCUUCACCAGAGUAGCCUGCUGCUCAGCUUCCCUGGAGAAACAAAGCCCCCAUAAAGCGUAAUGGCUCGUUCUCUUUGCCCACGGCAGUAUUGCACAUUAAGGCAGCAAAUGCACUGUGAAAUUCAAAGGCUAGCUUGGCCCGUGACUAAACUGAGCUGAGCAGGCCUCGACUCUUUAUUCAAGCUGGUUUUGAUCUUUUCCUCACUUCCCCCUGCCACCCCCCUCUUCUUCCCAAGCCGGCUUUUUGAGCUGAUUUAGAUACUCGCCACUUUUUCUUAAGGAGCGAAAAACCUGGUCCUGUCCGUAUCCAAAUGCAGUUCUGUUGAUUGACUAUCAUGUGUCCUGUUUCAGGUGGGUCUUUCUUAGGAAAGCUUUGUCUGUUUCCACCUUGAGAGGUGCAGUGUGGGGCGGGGGAGCAGAGGGUCCCACAGCAUCCUGAGAGAGCAGGCUGUGUCUGUGACUUUAGCCUGAAUGUGCCACUACCUUUCACAUUUCUCCCAGUCUCUGUGCAAUGACCAUUCUCAAAUCUCAUGCCAUCAGGUAUACUUUUUAAAAAAAAACAAAAACCCAAUCCAUGCACACCAUUGCUCUCUCUUCCUGGCCUCCCUCCCUCCCACUCCCCCUUCCCCACCCCUCCAGCAGUACAGACUUGGAUGCCUCUGGAACCUGGGUGGGACCUCUGCUCCGUAUAAGUUAUGUUGUGUGUGUGUGUUUAAAAAAAUGUAUUUACUCUUGACUGUACCAGUGUUGUGACUUUGCUACCAGUUCUUGUUUGUUUUUUUGAGAAAUAAAGUUGCCUUUUGGUUUUUCCAAACAUC